AUGAUGACCGAAAAUAGAAUUAGUUCGAGUAAUCACGUCGGAAAUAGCAUGAACAAUCAGAAGGGAGACGUCGAUAAAAAUAUCGACGACAUCGGUUGGAAAUCAAAAUUAAAAAUACCCCCAAAAGACAGAAGAAUAAAAACUAGUGAUGUGACAGAUACACGUGGUAAUGAGUUUGAAGAGUUUUGCCUAAAGCGAGAACUGUUGAUGGGCAUUUUCGAAAAGGGAUGGGAAAAACCGUCCCCCAUUCAAGAGGCUUCAAUCCCCAUCGCUCUUAGUGGUAAAGAUGUGCUUGCAAGAGCCAAAAAUGGGACAGGCAAAACUGGCGCUUAUUGUAUUCCUGUCCUAGAACAGGUUGAUCCAAAAAAAGAUUGUAUUCAAGCUUUAAUUGUGGUACCAACUAGGGAGCUUGCACUCCAAACAUCACAGAUUUGCAUUGAACUGGCUAAGCACACUGAUAUUCGCGUUAUGGUCACUACAGGAGGCACAAACCUUCGUGAUGAUAUUAUGCGUAUUUAUCAAAAUGUGCAAGUAAUAAUUGCUACACCGGGCCGUAUGAUUGAUCUCAUGGAUAAGCAAGUGGCCAAAAUGGACCAGUGCAGGAUGCUAGUACUUGAUGAAGCAGAUAAACUCCUAUCCCAAGAUUUCAAAGGCAUGUUGGAUAUGGUUAUUUCAAGAUUACCAAAAGAACGCCAGAUUUUGCUGUUCUCUGCAACUUUCCCCUUGAGUGUAAAGCAAUUCAUGGAAAAGCACUUAAGGGAGCCCUAUGAGAUUAAUUUAAUGGAAGAAUUAACAUUAAAGGGAGUAACACAGUACUAUGCAUUUGUGCAAGAGAGACAGAAGGUGCACUGUUUAAAUACACUUUUUUCAAAGUUGCAAAUAAACCAGUCUAUAAUAUUCUGUAAUUCAACACAGCGGGUGGAGCUCUUGGCAAAGAAGAUAACAGAGCUGGGCUACUGUUGCUACUAUAUCCACGCUCGCAUGGCGCAGGCGCAUCGCAAUCGUGUGUUCCAUGACUUCCGCGCGGGUCUCUGCCGUAAUUUAGUGUGCUCGGACCUCUUUACCAGAGGUAUUGAUGUGCAAGCAGUCAAUGUCGUCAUUAAUUUCGACUUCCCGCGCAUGGCGGAAACUUAUUUGCAUCGCAUCGGGCGCUCAGGCCGUUUCGGUCACUUGGGUAUCGCGAUUAAUCUAAUCACGUACGAAGAUCGGUUCGCCCUCCACCGUAUUGAACAGGAACUGGGCACGGAGAUCAAGCCGAUCCCGAAGGUGAUCGACCCGGCGCUAUACGUGUCGCGUCCCGAUGACGAUGACACGGCCGAUAAGUAACGCCGUGCCGCCGCCGCUGCAGCACCGCGCUUGCCUGUUGCGCACACUCCUAAUAUCUGGACUUGCUGACUGGUGAAUGGAAUUAGUAUAAAACAACAAAAACAAAAAACUUAUUUGUAAAAAGUGUAAUGAAUUUAUUGUAACAAAAAUGUGCGUGUAAAUAGUUUAUCGUGAAAUAAGACUUUAACCUGAAAAAGGUUACUUUUUUAAAAGUGUAUAUAAAACGAACAUCAGGACCCACAAGGAAUUGCGUUCUUAGUCCAUAUUGGAUUCUGCGCGCGAUACCUACAUUGUUAAAACGUAAAAUAUUUAUCUAAAUACCAACUGUGAGAGUCUACCUAGAUUUGUCAUUUGAUCUUAACAUAAAUUGUGGUAGACUUACAAUUGAAGUUGAAGAAGAUUCCUGCCUAUACGAAUGUUUUGAGCUAGCACUGGUUUGAUUUUCGUGUAAUGACAACAUUAAAAGAUGUCAGAUGUAUAGGCAGUGAUCAAGACUAGCUCAAAAGACAUUGUUGUGACAAUUUUUAAAACCUGUGUCAAGAAUAUUGUUUCUCUCCGCUUGAAACAAUAUUUAAUUACAUCAAGCCGUUGUUACUAGCUAGAUUAACAUAAGAUGAUACUUAGCAGUUAUAAUACUUGCCUGGUUUGUCCAGUUUAAAAAAAAAUGUGAAAAAUGUUAUUAGAUUCAUAUUGUGAUAAUCUGGUUUUCAGCAUCAUUGUUUGAAACUUUUUCGAAUUAAGCGGUUCGUCACAGUUAACUUUGUGUGGUUACUAGGUUUCGGGGGACCCUGCUUAUGAAAAGAAGAAAUAUAUUUUAUAGCAAAUUUUUCUUGUUUACAAGUAAGAUUUUCUAAAUUGCUCAUUUCAUAGAAAGAUCGACAGCAACAGUCCCCCCAUGCCUUAUUUGGAAUAAUAAUAAUUUGUUAAUCAAAAAGAAUUUGAUCAACUGUGACAAAACAAGGCAGAGGAAUGCAUUAUGCUGUUACGGCUUGCAGAUGUGGUACAUCCCUUUGUCUUUGGGGGUUUAAUUUAGAGAGCUGUUGAGUUUCAAUUAUGCCAACAUGUGUAACAUUUUGCUCUCUGGGGAUAAAAUUCAUUAGGGAUGUCAAGUGAAGAGUGAUUUGGUCAAUGAAUUUUGAAUGACACGCAAGAGUAUCUUUAGCUUUAAUUUCACAUUGAAUUCUGAGAUGCC